AUGAAAGAAAAAACCCAAGUAUCAUUUGAGAAUUUGAAUAUAGAAAAGAUAUUCGGUAUUUCUUCAAAUUCCAAAUCUUGUUUUUGUAACAUUGGUUCAAAAAUUGCGUACGUUGCUAGUGGAGGAGUUGUAGUAUCGGAUAUUGAAGUUAGUUCGUCGCUGGAAAACUCGUGCAAUUCAUUAAGAAGUUUUGACUCACAGUCCAGGCAGGGUGAGGAUUUAUAUGAUUCCGAAACCUCGCCUAUUACCGUAUGUUCACAAAGGUUCUUUUGUGCAUACUCAAAAGCACAACUACAGGAUCUUACGCACUCGCCUGUAUAUGUGGCGAAGGAUGCAUUUGGAAUGUGUAAGCAUGAUCAGUCGAUAUUAAUUAAAGGCGCUAAUUGGAGUGAUAACGAUGACAACGAGUCGAUGAUUUAUACAUGCUCAUCGGACCUUAUGCCUGCAAGACUAGGUACCUCGAAGCUAAAAAAUAGGAUCAAGACCAUAUCGUGCCUUAGCAUUUCAUGUGACGGCCGGUAUAUGAUUGUGGGCGAAGUUGGACAUAAACCUCGGAUACUUGUGUAUUCUUUAGCGCCUGACUCAAAUGAUUUCCCGGUGUUCGCAAUUCAGCAGCACUCGUAUGGAGUGGCCAAUUUAAAGUUUCAUCCUACUGAUGCCCGUAUUUUUAUGAGUUUGGGGCUUAUUAAUGAUGGGUUCAUUCAUGUGUGGAAGUUGUCAAGUAAUGGUGUAACGUUGAUCGCCACCAAUAGAAAUAUAUCAUCCGUAAAGGACGUUCUAUGGUACAAUUCCAAGAUUUUAACAUACGGCAUUAGACAUCUAAAGGAUUGGAAGCUAGAAAACCAUGUCACAAGUGGAUGCAGCAGUAAAAGCGCUGCGCAAAGACCUAGGAACACUAUAAAAGGUAAAAAUGUUGUAUUGGGAGAGUUUCUAAAUACCACAUUUAUUGAUGCAACUGAAGUGGAUGAACAUCGGACUAUAUUACUUACAGACAAAAACAUUUUAGUAUUGUACGAGAAUGGAGGGAUUUCUAAUGCCCAGAAUAUAGAAGAAAGUGGGGUCACUGGCCAAGCGACUGGCAUACUAGCCGACCCGGAAAACGAUACCAUGUGGAUUAUUAGUGAUGGCAAGCUCCAUUACACUACUUUGGAGCAAUUCUUAACUUCUCAAGAGAAGGUGAGGCUGAAUGAGCGUAUUCAGCAGCCAUCAGAAUUUGAGAAGCCAACACUAACGCCACUUUCGAACACUUUACAAAUAGAUAGUAAAGGAGCGUAUCCAUCAGGAGUUACAGGAGACUCUUUAAAUGGCUUAAUAACCCUCUCUAAAUUUGAUUCGGCAUAUCUUCUGUAUGUUACAAACGAUGGAUGUAUGGGAUUUUACCAUGUGGCCACUAAGCGAUGCUAUCCCAUAGUAUAUCCUGUUUUAAACAACAUUGCAGGUUACAAAAGGACCAGCACAAGCGAGCUUUUACUUUGGUCAAAAGAAGGAAGGUUUAAGAAGGUAGAUGAAGAAACUCUCCAAAUUACAGAUUUGGCGUUCCCUAUUUUACCCCAAAUUCCAGUGCCAGAACCUCUAAUGAAUGAGGUUAGCGCCGCAGAUGUGUUUGUAAACCGAAAAGGUACCAGAUCUCUUGCCGCCGGGACCAAAGCUGGUGAUUUGUAUAUCUUUGAGUUUGGCGACAGCAUUAAGAAAGCUCUUGACAUAAGGGCCCAUUCAUCAAAAGUUAAUGACAUAGUUUACUUACGGCUUGAAAAAGAUGAGACAAUUGAUAUAUUAGUUAGUAUUAGUCGUGAUAGGACUGUCCAAGUGUUUGUACAGUCCGCCGCUGGAUGGGAAUUACAGGAGACACUAGCUGACAACAAGGGUAAUGUUAUUAAGCUGGCAAUUGAUGGAAAUAUUUUGUAUAUUGCAUCUGCAGAUAGGUCAGUUACGAAAUACAGAUUUGAUUACGUUGAUUCAGAGCUUCAGAUUGCGAAAGACAAAAUUCUAUCUAUCAAAUCAGCUCCUAUCAAUAUGCAUUUAUUUGACGAUAAAUUAAUAAUAUCUACCAACGAUAAACAAUUGUUAGUUUACGACAAAGCAUUGGAUAAAGGGAGAUGUAUUAAAUUACACACCGAUAAUGACGAACCCAUCACCGUCGAUAACUUGUAUCUUAAUACAACCAAUUCAAAACAAGAAGAGCUUUUGUGCUCUUCAUCCGCAGACAAAGUCCUAAGAUGUUACAACUUUGCUACUGGAAAAUUAAUGAAACAAUAUUUCGGUCAUUCGGAACCAAUCUUAGGUCUAGUAACAUUAAAUGAUGAGAGACUAUUAUCAGUAUCCUCCAAUGGAUGCAUUUUUUUAUGGACGUCACAAGCUCGCGACAAUGGUAACGAUUGCGCAACUACCCAGCCAACGUCCACUGCAACAUGCAGACACAUAAGCGAACCGUUAGACGAAAGAUCGGUUUCAAGAAAGAUUAAGAAAACUGAAAUGGCUAGAAGCCCCUCAGUUAAACUCGUCGGAAGCUCGGUUUCUCCUAUAAAACUAAGUCCGUCAAGCACAGUCUCAUCGCCUGGUUCACCACGCCUUUCCAAAGCGACUACAAAUCAAAAAAGUGCUGUUACACCUGUUAAGCAAUUUGCCAGGAGCAUAACAUACAAGUGUACUGACAAUUCGGAGUUGAGCUACAAUACAUUACUGACUCAAUUGAAAAGAUUUCGAGCUAGAAUUGUCUCAACGCCAGCUGAAGACAAUCAAAAUGCUGAAUAUCAAUCAAUAGUUCAAGAGAUAAAAAUAAUUUUCUCGAUAAUUGAACCUCAAAACAAGUUGUUAGAAAAAUACAGCGAGUCAUUGAUUAGCCUCAUAGAGGAGAAGUUCCAGAGGCUAUAA